AUGGAAAAGAAGAAGAAUGUAAUGUUGUUAUUGCUUAUAACAUGCUCAUUUGUGGCUUGCUUGGCUAUGUCUUCUACCAGCUUCACAGAUGAGGAGGCACUUCUAGCCUUCAAAGCUCAUAUUACCUUUGAUCCCAGUAACGUUUUGGCGACAAAUUGGUCACAAGGUACCUCCUUUUGCAAUUGGAUUGGUGUAUCUUGCAGCCGUAGGCGCCAAAGAGUGACAGCCUUGAAUCUUCCCAAUAUGGGCCUUAGAGGUACCAUCCCCAAAGAAGUUGGCAACCUCUCGUUCCUUAGCUUCCUCGACGUCAGUGAGAACAGCUUUCAUGGCCAUCUCCCUGAUGAACUGGGUGGUUUGCGUCGACUAAAAUCAAUCAAUUUUCGCCUCAAUGAGUUUACUGGUAAAAUUCCAUCAAGUUUUGGAAUUCUAACCAAGCUUGAGUUCCUGCUUCUCUCUUACAACAACUUCACAGGAUCCAUCCCCCGAGGCAUAGGCUUUCUUCCCGAGUUGAAGUUGUUAUACAUCAGGAACAACAGCCUUUCAGGGUCCAUUCCCUCCACCAUCUUCAACAUUUCUUCGUUGCAAAAGAUUGACCUCACUUUCAAUGAGCUGUCUGGUACUCUCCCAAUGGACAUGUGCAACAAUCUCUCGAAGCUUGAAGCGCUACAUCUUUCGUUUAAUCAGCUAGGUGGCGAGCUUCCUACAAGCUUACCCAAAUGUACUCAACUUCAAAAUAUAUCACUAUCGGUGAAUGAAUUUACAGGACAAAUUCCUCGGGAAAUCGGCAACCUAUCUAAGCUUCAACUUUUAUAUCUUGGUGGUAACAGCCUGACAGGUACAAUUUCAUCUUCAGUUGGUGAAUUACCCGAUACAGUCCUCAACUUCUCCUCACUAGUGGUUUUUGAUGUCGCCAAGAAUGCAAUCUCUGGUGGUCUGCCAAAGGGUCUAUGCCAACGAAAUCCGAGGCUUGAAGUCAUUAAUCUUGCUUCGAACCAACUCGCUGGAAAUCUCUCUUCUUGGCUGUCAAAUUGUAAGCAACUUAAAAAACUCUAUCUCUUGAUCAAUAAUUUCACAGGAAGCAUGCCGGUUAACAUUGGGAACAAUUCCACCCUUCAAGUUUUACAUCUUUACAGAAAUAAUUUGGAAGGUGAAAUUCCACUUUCAAUUGGUAAUAUGUCCGCGUUAGAGGAUAUUGAUGUGAGUGAGAACAAUUUUCAUGGUAUUAUUCCUUGGCAAUUAGGGAAUCUCCCGAAUUUGAUAGCCCUAAGCCUUGGUUCUAACAACCUUAUGGGUGAAAUACCACGGUCACUCUUCAACAUAACUAAUUUACAAGACCUUUCACUCUCAAUUAAUCAACUUUCAGGAAAUCUUCCAUCAAGUGCUGGCCUUUGGCUUCUGAAUCUUCGUACUCUUUUUCUUGGUGGCAACAAACUCAGUGGAAUAAUUCCCAACUCAAUCUCAAAUGCCUCCCAACUAGUUGAAAUUAGUCUGUCCCAUAACUUGUUCACUGGUAGCAUACCAACCACUCUCGGGACUAUAGACCACCUCCAAUCGCUUGAUUUAGGAUCGAAUCAGCUGAAAAAUGAUCCAUCGUCAACACUUGAGCUAAGUUUUCUCACUUCAUUAACAAAUUGCAGGCUUUUGGAUGUUUUGGUCAUACAAUAUAAUCCCCUGAACGGUAUUCUUCCAAAGUCCAUUGGAAAUUUCUCUGACUCUCUUGAAAUAUUUUAUGCAUCUGCCUGCCAAAUAAAAGGAAUAAUUCCUAUUGAAAUUGGGAAUUUGAGCAACUUGAUUUCACUGACUCUAGGAGGAGGUAAUGACUUGACAGGGUCAAUCCCGGAAACAUUUGGACAGCUACUGAAACUCCAGUUUCUGGAAAUUGCCGGUACUAAAUUGCAAGGCGAGAUAACAGACAGACUUUGUGCUUUAACAAGCUUGAGUGAGCUAGAGUUGAACGGAAAUAAAUUUUCUGGAUCAAUUCCGAGCUGCAUUGGGAACCUUACUUCAUUGAGAAGACUUUUUUUAGAUACUAAUGCCUUAACUUCCGAAAUUCCAUCGACUCUGUGGAACCUUCAGGAUAUCUUGAUUAUGACCUUGUCUUCUAAUAGUCUAACUGGUUCUCUACCUCCAGAAAUUGGCAAUUUGAAACAUGUUACACUGUUGGAUCUAUCAAAGAAUCAGUUCACCGGUAAAAUUCCAAACACAAUUGGGCAGCUUCAGAACCUGGUUAACCUCUCACUGUCAGAGAACAGACUACAAGGUCCUAUACCCGAAUCAUUUUCUGAUCUGAUAAGUUUGGAAUCCUUAGAUUUAUCGCGCAACAGUUUUUCUGGUGCAAUCCCCAAGUCAUUGGAGAAACUUUUGUAUCUUAAGUAUAUAAAUGUUUCUUUCAAUAGACUAAGUGGAGAAAUUCCAAGUGGAGGACCUUUUGCAAAUUUCACGUACGAAUCUUUCGUGCAGAAUGAUGGACUAUGUGGAGCACCUCGGUUCCAUGUCAGAAAAUGCAGAAGCCCCAAAAAAUCACGGAAGACAGAAAUUCUUCUAAAGUAUAUCGUACCACCAAUUGCCUCCGUGGUGGUUGCAAUGGCUUUUCUGGUUGGGCUGCUAAGAUGCAAAAAGAAAAGCAGGCAACUUCCAAUCCAAUGUGACUCACCACCUGGUGGAACACACAGAAGGAUAUCACACCAAGAGAUUCUUUACUCAACAAACUACUUUAGCGAAGACAAUUUGAUCGGUAAGGGAGGCAUUGGUUCGGUAUACAAAGGGUUGUUCACUGAUGGGAUGGUGGCUGCUGUUAAGGUUUUCAACUUGGAGCAACAAGGUGCAUUCAAGAGUUUCGAUGCAGAGUGCCAAGUAAUGCGCAACAUUCGCCACAGAAAUCUUGUCAAAAUAAUCAGCAGUUGCUCUAACCUCGAUUUCAAAGCCUUGGUGCUAGAGUAUAUGCCUAAUGGGAACCUUGACAGGUGGUUGUACUCUCACAACUAUUGCUUGAAUAUUGUCCAGAGGUUGUGCAUCAUGAUAGAUGUUGCAUCUGCAUUAGAGUACCUCCAUCACAGUUGCUCAACCCCUGUAGUGCAUUGCGACUUGAAGCCGAGCAACAUUCUAUUAGAUGAAGACAUGGUUGCACACGUAGGUGACUUCGGCAUAGCAAAGCUCUUGAUGGAGAACCAGUCAAUGGCACAAACAAAGACAAUAGGCACCAUUGGGUAUAUGGCACCAGAGUAUGGUUCGGCUGGGAUGGUAUCCGUUAUGGUGGAUGUUUACAGUUAUGGAAUUCUAUUGAUGGAAACAUUUACAAGAAAGAAGCCGACGGAUGAUAUAUUUCUGGGAGAACUGAGUUUGAAGCAUUGGGUACGCGAGUCUUUCCCUAGUGAUAUACUGGAGGUUGUAGAUGCUAAUUUACUAAGAGGAGCGGAAGAGAAUUUUGCUGCUAUGAAGAAUUGUUUGUCGGCCCUCUUGGGAUUAGCUCUAGAACGCACAGCAGACUUACCCGAGGAGAGGGUUAACAUGAAUAAUGUCUUAGCGAGGGUCAAGAAGAUCAAAAUCAUGUUUCUUGAGAACGUAACGAGGCCUGGAAUGAAGCCACUGAUCUAGCUAAGUUUCAGAACCAAGUACUCGGUUAGAGAAGAAAUCUUCGUGUUUUGUUUUAGAUGUUUCACAAAUAAGCCUUUUGCAUGCUUUAUCAACUAUUUCUUGGCAUUCUUAAUAUAGUUAGUGAUAUUCGUAUUCACUUUCUUCAGAUAUCUGUAUGACAUUUGAGUCUGUGAGUCCACGAGAGUUAUUAUUUGUACGCUUCUCUUCCUUUCAGUUGAAUGUUUGCCACAUUUUUUUUUUAAUGUCAAAUAGUUGUGAUAUAGUCCAUUUUCGUUCAUUUCGUAAAUGUGUAAAAGAAUAGAAGCUAUGCUUCGGGGCAC